CCGGGACGUCCACCCAAAAGAAGUUCAGUGACUGGCAUUGUUAGCCCAGUGCCUGCAUCUUACACUCCGGGCACUCAACAACAUAAUGCUCUGCCAUUUCUCGGAUACCCAACAGCAAAAAAGCCCCGUUUCUCAGAUGAUACUGAUUAUGGCAGUGAGAAUUUAAAGCAACACAAUUCAGUCAAUACGAACACUAACGGCAACUCCACGGCCGCGACGGCCGCCGCUAUGCUCGCGGCCAACGGAUAUUCAGCCGCUUUUCCAUUCUUACAGCACUUCAGUGGCGGCUCUACUCCUACUCCUCAACAACAGCAACAACUUGUGGCCGCAGCCGCAGCCCUCGGCCUCCCAGCACUUCCACCC